GCAAAGGUGAAAACAUUCCAUUGGAACAGGCAAACGGAAAACAAGAGCAUGCACCGAAAUUAGCCAUGGACCAUUAUGUAGAAUUGGACCAUGAAACAUUCACUAGACCUGGCGCUCAAAUUUCAGACAAACAAACAUUUACAAAUAAGAAAGGCGAAACAAUAUCUGGAUAUGCAGUCAUUGUAGAUUUCAGGAGACUUCUUCUGCUUGCGGCUGAUUUAAAGGAUCAUGGAAUUAUUCCAGGGGUAUCAAAUCGUGACCUGCUGCAUGCCUGUAUCGGUUUGUACGAUGUUUCGCUGUCCGAGAUGACACCUGAUGUUCUGUACUCAACUGUGUGUGAGAAGUGGGCACGGACAAUCAUUCUCGUCAGGGAUCUCCAUGAGUGUUUGGACGAGUAUGAGGGUCGACGUCAGCGUGAGCCGCGGGAGGAAAAGGAGGAAGUGGAGGAAGAGGAGGCCGGCAGUGUCAAAGGGAGUGAGAUAGACGAGGAUGUGUACGAAGAGGAGGAAGGGGCGAGCAGCAAGUUUGCAGAGGUGUACAGUGACACAGAAUCAGAGGACGCCGAUGAGGAGGAUGAUGAUGAUGAGGAAGACUUUUCCAAAGGAAUAAACACUUUCAUCUCGAGUGUGACAGACCGGAGAAAAGCCCGUAAAACAUGCGAUGGACCCGUCACUGAAGACAUUUUAGGCAUUGAGAACAGAAUUAUUGGUUGUGCCACUUUUGAGAAAAAAUAUGUGCAGGGGAAAUAUAAAAGCAAACAUAGGGACAGGGUGAUUCAUCUCACUAUAGUCAGUGUUCGCAAACGAUGCAGGGGCUUUGGAGUUGGCCGAUACUUGCUAUCACAAGUGGUAGAGCCAAAAGUUGUUGGUAACUAUGACGCGGUGGUUGUCCAUGCCGACAAUGAGGCGGUGGAUUUCUUCCAGAAGUUUGGUUUCUCAGAUGAUAUCGUGCUCAACAGUAGAUGGAAAGAGCUAGCUGAACAGUUUACCAACUGCACCUUGAUGUGUUACCUGCCAGGGUUCUCAGGUCACCGGUUAUUGAGUGCCAUCAAAAUUCCUGGUGUGGAGAUGUUUGAACUGGAACAAGAGCUUCUAAAAUGGAAGGAGAAGACAUUGGAGGUGUACCAGCAGCAAGUCACGUGCAUGAUGCGCAUGAAGCACGAGAUCAUUCAACUCAAAUACACCGCAACCACCCAGGACAAGUUUCUGAAGGCGCUUGUUGAGGACAAUGAGAUGUUGAAGACAGAAAAAAUGUUGGCAGAGAAAGAGUUGCUGGAUUACAGACUGUCCACAGCCAAAAGUGCUUUUGGAAGUGAACAAGACGAUGACCUGUCUACCCAAGAGCUUAUAGACAGCCUGCAGCGUGAGCUAGAAAAGAUGGACCUCCGGAUCAAACACAAGCGAACAUCAUCAAGAGACCUCAUGGAAGCAUUUGCUAACAAACCUAAUGGCUCGUGUACUGUUGUUGAUGAGAGUCGGUAUGUGGCGUUCUCCCAGGGGGGCAGCAAAUUGGAGGAAGAGCCGUAUGAUCACAUCAAGGACUCUGCGUUCUUCUAUGACGUCACAGAGCAGUUCAAACAGCAGAUGAUCCUCGACACACUGGCGUGUAAGAAGUGCGAGGUCACAACAAUAUCAAAGGCAUUGGUCCCUGAGAAGACAAAGAAAGCUUACAAGGAGCGUAUCAAGGGGCUGGCGGACCCGACCAUGGUGCUUGACAUGUACUUCUGUGGCACACUCGAACACCCAGAAAGGAUCAAAGACAUAUUGAGGCAGGGGUUCUCUGAAGGAGAUUUUACAUGUGGGGAGUUUGGAAAGGGCCUGUACUUCUCCAAGUUUCCGUCCAAAGCUGCUCAGUUUUCAAAGCUUGGUUCAUUGCUUCGUGUGGAGGUGGGUAUCGGUAAAGUGGAGACAGUUGUCAAGCAGGAUCGCACACGGAAAGCACCUUCCGCUGGACAUGACAGUAUCAUUACUCCGGGAAGGCUUUCUCACAUGCUUGGUCAGGGAGAUGCGUCCAUGAACCAGGAAUAUGUUGUGUUUGAUGUCAAUCAAGUCCUCCCACAGUGCUUGCUCUAUUAUGAGACCAGCUAGAGUGAUUAAGAGGCUUUAGUUUCACAUUGGCAUUGAACUACAGCAAAAAAGCAUGGUGGUUUUAGCAAUUGAUUGAUUGGGCUGUAGCGGAGUAUUUACAGUCUCAUAUCCCACAUGAAUUAUGUGAUUGUGUUACAUUGUAAAGAAAUUCUAGUGGUCUGUGUUCAGUUUCUUUUCACCAUCCUCAAAGUUAUUCAGCAAGGUUAAUAGUCCUUUGUCACAUCUAUAACAGCUUGGGAAAAAUAUUUGACUGUCAUAUUUAUAGCAGGUUUACAAUUCAUGCUCAAAGAUUUUCGUUAAAAACUGAAACAUAUUGAUUCAAUAUGUUUUGAUUUAUUAGCUAUAAAGUACUUACAUUUUAUUUAUGAAUGAUGUUCAGACCGUCAUGUUUUGUACUGAAAGCUGAAUGUUAUUUUUUUAUUAUUGAAAUGAUGUUGUUUUUUGUAUUAUUUAAAUAUCUAAAUAUAAGUGUGAUUUACUAUUUUAACAUCUAUUAUCUUGAAUACAACUUGGUCUUUUGAAGUGUGAUAUUGAAUACAUACAGGUAUUAUUUUCUAGUCGAAAUCAAAAUUUAUUUGAGUUAAGUGUCAUGUAACUCCUGUUCAAUGAUUUUGAGAAUACAUGUAUCCAGGUAUUUAAAUAUUGUAUUUUAUAUACAUGUAUAUAAGAUUUUUAAAUCACAAUGUUUGCUAAUUGACUACACUGUCUAAAACAAAUUAAGGUUGAAAGUGCACUAAUUCCCUUCAUAAUUCAAAAGUAAUAAUAAGUGCCUAUGCAAGUGUUUGUUGUUCGGAGGUAUGUACUAUGCUUGACUGGUGGCCAGAAAUGACCUAUGCUUUAUUGUGUAUAGUAGUAAAGGUCAGUGGUGGUUCUAUAGUAAUCCGUCCUUGAUAGAUCUGUUAUUAUAUUCAAUAUGUUAUUAUGCAAACUUCUGAUAAAAUGGAGAUAUAUUACCUUGAUAGAUCUGUUAUUAUAUUCAAUAUGUUAUUAUGCAAACUUCUGAUAAAAUGGAGAUGUAUUACCUUGAUAGAUCUGUUAUUAUAUUCAAUAUGUUAUUAUGCAAACUUCUGAUAAAAUGGAGAUAUAUUACCUUGAUAGAUCUGUUAUUAUAUUCAAUAUAUUAGUAUGCAAACUUCUGUUCAAAUGGAGAUGUAUUGCCUUGUAGUAGUGAGAUGCAUAAUAUUGACAGAGAUUAAGAGUUAUAUAUUAUUUUAUUUAAAAAGGAAGCUGUUGCCAUGAUAUAUGUUCCAAAAAGAAUACAGCCAAUCUUGAGCAAAAUGAUGACUAUUCCAGCAAGUACAUGAUAGGUGUGCUGCAGUGUUACUGUGAUUCUCACUGGAAAUGUAAUCUCUUCAUAUCUAUAAUAGAAAUUGAUGUAAACACUGUAUAUAUUACUGGUCUGUGAUAGAAAACGGCAUUAACAUUCCUUUCUCUAUAUGCUCAGCUGUGACAAAUGGUUUUAAAAGUUAACUAUUCUAAUCAGAUUGUUAUGUAAUUUUAGUAAUCUGAUAGAAAUGUAAUAGAAUAAACUUUUACGAAUCAUUUUACCUAGAGUUGUAACUUGUAUGAUUGAUGUUACUCAGUUUCUCCUUUGGGAUUGUAGUCAAUUCAAGGACAUCUUAGAAGGCUUGUAAAUAAUUAAAUCACUUGUAACCGUACACUGAUUUUAAUUUUAAACUCUUAAAUCUUAGAUUAUAACCUACAUUAACAGCUACUGAAAUUGCCUAUUGUACCAUUGUAAUUGUUAAAAUGACCCUCUUAUUCAAAAUCGAUGAGUACCAUGCUUAAUUGUUAAGAUUUGUAGUUUUACAAUGUAACAGACAGGACAUCAUAAUUUGGUUCCCUGCCUGUUGAAAAAUGUUAUUAUCUAAGACAUUUAGAAUAUGUUUGCCAAUAUCUUUAUGACUAACAAGAUUUUGCUCUCUUUGCUGUCUUCACCGUACUUACUCAUUCAGAUUUAACCUAUGUAUUUUAACUAUUACUUAUAUUAAAAUGUUACCCAUUGUUAAAGAAAGACCAGUUAUUUUAACAAAUAUAAUAAUUUUGAAGGAAAAAAAAAGUUAUUCCAAAAGAGAAAUUCAAAGCACCUCAUUUCUAAUAGAGUAAAUAUUUUUGUAUAAAUAUAUAGUAUUUGCACACGAUAUUUGAAGCAGAGAGUGCAAGGUACUGUGUACCGGGUAUAUCAUUUUCCGGUGUUUAAAUGUGGGGUAAUUUUAUCAGGUUUUAAUAGACAGAGGUGUUUGUAUCACUUCGUUACUCUGUAAUUGUGCCAUGAUGUUUAAACAACCAUAUCUCAUCAGAUUCAUUGAAAAUACGUAUAAUUAUGUAUAUUUAAUUCCAUUGUCACAUGACAAUUCUUUUGCGAGAAAACUAUGAAGAAAUUAAGUAAAUACGAAAUUUAAAAAAAAUGUUGACAUCAUUUACAACAACACAAACAACAACAACAUUAACAUUGACUUUUGGAUAUAAUAAAUUGUAUAUGAGAUUUUUAAUUUUAAUUACUAUGACAACUAAAUAAGAUAAACAACAUUCAAAACACUGUAAUUACUGUAUAAUUUAAGUAAACAUGUUCUAUGCAGUAUAAUUAUAUGAAUAUGUAAUAAUAUGUAAAUUUUUAUAGGACCACAAAAGUGCUUUUAAGAUGUGAUAUUAAAUUUUGCAGCAUUCUAAGGUAAAAUGUAUUAUUUUAUUUAUAAAAAGCUGCUGUUCAGCUCAGAGUGUUGUGCAUGCGUUUGUUUGAGGAUUAUAAGAACCAAUCUAUAAACAAUCAUAUUUAUCACACAAUUUCAGGAGUUUGAUUUUGAUUUCUAUCUAAGAUGUGUUCAGAAUACGGGAAGUAACGAGAAUAACCCUAACUGCAUGAUCAUAAUUGUAGGAUUUACUGUGUACAAACCACCGACCCGCCAUCUCACUUAUUUUCAGUUGUAUGAAAAAUUAUUAUACCUUAAUUUAAAUAUUUUCAAAACAUGCGGUGGUUACAUCCAUAUGUCGCAACUCCUACAAAUGUGGCAAUAUGUUAAUAUGAAGCUUGUUUUGAUAUAUAAUAUUGUUAAAAAGGUUUAUACACUCUCAUAUGUGAUAUCAGUUUUUAAUUUUGUUGUGUGCAGUUUUAUAUUUAUGUCAAUAAACAGGAUUAUAAAAUG